AUGGAAGAUCAUGAAAUUACCGAUGGUCAAGAAAUGAAUAUGAAUCCUGCUAGUGGUAGAGCGAUGAAUUGGUGUGAUGCGGUGUCUUAUGAUGUUUGUGUUGCUUCUGAUGUCGUUGAUAUGGAUGAUGCAGAUGAGGAUGAAACUAUGCCAUUUGUUUUGGAUGUUGAUGGAUCAUGUGUGUUGAACAAUUUUGAUGAUGUGGAUGCUAUUGUAAAUUGUGAAUACUAUAUGCCAAAUAACAUUAGUCAUUAUUUUGUUUUCUGUGAACUUAUCGAUUUUUUAAAUGUUUCAGCUAACAAUAACUCUAAUUUAUUUUUACUACAUAUAAAUGUCAGAAGUUUGACUGCGCAUGCUGAUGAUUUGGCACUGUUGAUUAAUGGUUUUCAAUUAUAUGUUAAUAUCCCUCAAAUUGUUGCUUUAAGUGAAACAUGGCUAAAUGAUGACACUAACUAUGGCCCUAUACUAUCGUAUUUUCCAUGCCAUAGUCUAGUUGCGAAAAAUAGGUUGGGUAAAAGGGGUGGGGGCACUGGUUUUUUAAUUGAUAAAAACUUAGCGUACGAAAAUUUAAAUUGUAAUUUUUCUCUCAGUUCCGACCUGUUUGAAUGGGUCGGAAUUAAAUUUGCCUCUGUCAAUAAAAAAAAUAUAAUCAUUUGUAUUUAUAGGCCACCAAAUUAUAAAUUGGAUAAUUUCUUAUCUAAAAUGCAGGAAUUUUUAUAUGAACUUUUAAAAGACGAUGUCAGUAGUGAUGUUUUUAUACUUGGGGAUUUUAACAUUGAUUUGGCUGUAAAAAACCAGGCAUCAUUAUCGUUUUUAAAUCUUAUGGCUCAAUUUAAUUUGCAUCCAAUUAUCAACCAACCGACUAGAAUAACAUCAAGCCAUUCGUCAACGAUCGAUAAUGUUUUUACUAAUUAUGGCAUCGGCGGCUGCCCGAAAGGAAUUCUAUACAGCGAUGUUUCUGACCAUUUACCUAUUUUUCUUUGCAUACCAUUGAAUGCUAAGGCUGUCGGUGGCAAAAACCCUUACAUUAAAACCCGUUUGAUUAAUUCUGAGAACCUAAAAAAAGCAAAUUGUUUAUUACAGAAUAUCCAGUGGAACAUGUCUGAUUACGGGUCCGAUUUUGAAUCAAAUUUUAAGAAUUUCCUAAAGACUUAUUUAAACUGCAUCAAUCUAGCUUUGCCAUUGGUGAAUAAAAAAAAUCGCUUCCGAAGGCCAUGGAUGAAUAUCGAUCUUUAUAAUCUUUCCUUGUAUAGAAAUGUUCUUUACAAAAGGCAUCUACACAAUCCAUCCCCUGCAAAUAAAAAUGCAUAUAAUAAGGUUAAAAAUAAAUUUAUAAAUGUCAAAAGAUUCACGGAAAAAAAAUAUUUUGAAAAUAAAUUAAAAAAUCAACCUGGAACAAAACACAGAUGGAGGAUAAUUAAUGAAAUUUUGGGGUCAAAAAAAUCAUGCAAUAAAUUGUUCUCAAAUGAUGCCAGUGAAACUGCUAAAUUGAGCACCGUUACAGGGUUGAAUAAAUUUUUUGUUGAGAUAGGUAAAAAUAUCAAUAAAAUUUUAGGCGAUGGUCAGUUGAUUUCAAAUGUCGGUCCAUAUGUGGUUUCUAAUAACCCAAUAUUUAUUCCACGAGACACAACUCCGGAUGAGAUUGUCUCGGUCAUCACAUCGGCCACCAGACAACAUGGUAUGUUGAUGUCAAAAAAAGUUAGAACUUCUACUUACGAUAGAAGUUGGGUUGCUAAGGGAGUUAGACUUUGGAACGCUUUGGCUAUGCAUAACCAAUUGCAACUUACAAUUGAACACUUUAAGCAUUAUGCUAAGAGCGAAGCACUGUUUGUGCAUUGUAACCGCGACAGAACCAGGCGCAUAACCCUGACCGUUAGACCAUCUCGCAGCCCAUAUGAUACUGAACUGAACAAACUAGUCAUAGACUUUCUUAUCAUUAAAAGAUCAACAUCAUCGUCCAUAUCAUCAUCGUCAUCGUUCUCAUUAUUAUUACUGUUGACUGUCAAGUCAAGGAGAAUGAAUCAACCAGGAGUUGAGAGAUCGCUUGGUUGUGGCGUCGUAGAUUUGAGCCGACUUUCCUAA